AUGUCUGAAGCUUUUAUUAUUCAAAAUAAUUCUGCUUUUACUUCAAUUCUUGAAUCUACUGCUCAGAGCCUGAGGUGCUUGGAGCAAUCCAGGCACAAAUCUAAGCUCAUUUUCAAACCAUUGGAUGAAUUCCAAGUUCAAGUAGCUGUUAUAUGCGCCAGAAAACUUGGCAUUCAGCUCAGAGCAGGUGCAACUAUUGGUGAAGUUUAUUAUUGGAUAGCUCAGAAAAGUAGAACUCACGGAUUUCCCGCGGGUCUUUGCACCAGUGUUGGAAUUGGUGGCUACAUUACAGGAGCAAAUGGUACUCCGAUGAGAAAAUAUGGCCUUGGGGCUGACAAUGUUGUUGAUGCUGGAAUAGUUGCUGAUCACCUGGACGAGGAUCUCUUCAUUAGAGUCCUUUUGCAGCCAACAAAUUCAACUGAUGAUCAGAAAGGAAAGAGGCCUAUAGAAACAGCCUACCAGGCACUAUUUCUUGGAAGGGCUGAUAGCGAUAGACUCCUAAAAGUAAUGAAGAAAGACAUUGAAAAAGGGCCAAUCCCGGAACAGGGCCAAUCCGUUGAGGGAAUAUGGAAAGGUCUUCUGAAAGAAGAUUCACCACUGAUGAUUCGGAGUCCUCAUGGUGGAAUGAUGAGUAGAAUUUCAGAAUCUGAAACUCCUUCUCCUCACAGAAAUGGCACAAAAUUUAUGAUUCAGUGGCUAACAUCAUGGGAAAGUGGAGAUGAUGAGGAAA